UUAUAUUCUCGCCGAUCGAGGGUCAGCGAUCUCCGUCCUUUUCUUCCCUUCUCUUCCCUCCACUCCCCCCCUCCGCCCUCCUUCGCCAAGUCCGGCCCCUCGGUCCAUUACCAGAGCCAAACCCUCGUUCCACAGGCUUCCGAAACCCUAACCCUAGAGAUCGUCUCCCUCGCCUCCGGGCCACGAUGGAGGAGGCGCUGGACUUGGCGAGGGCCAAGGACGCCAAGGAGCGGAUGGCCGGGGUGGAGCGCCUACACCAGUUCUUGGAGGCGUCCAGGAAGAGCCUCUCGCCGGCCGAGGUCGCGUCCCUCGUCGACUGUUGCAUGGAUCUCCUCAAGGAAGGCAACUUCCGGGUCUCCCAGGGGGCGCUCCAGGCCCUCUCCUCGGCGGCCGUGCUCUCCGGGGAACACUUCAAGCUCCACCUCAAUGCACUCGUCCCUGCCAUCGUGGAGAGACUCGGGGACGGGAAGCAGCCCGUACGGGAUGCGGCGAGGCAGCUGCUGAUCACCGUCAUGGAGGUCUCCUCGCCAACAAUUAUUGUGGAAAGAGCUGGGAGUUAUGCUUGGACUCACAAAACUUGGAGAGUCCGCGAAGAGUUCGCACGUACAGUUACAUCCGCGGUUGGCCUUUUUGGUUCCACAGAACUCCCUCUUCAGCGAGUUCUACUUCCUCCUAUUUUGCAGUUGUUUAAUGACUCAAACUUUAGUGUUAGAGAAGCUGCUACAUUGUGUAUCGAGGAGAUGUACACACAAUUUGGACCGCAAAUUCAUGAUGAAUUGCAGCACCAAAAUCUCCCUUUAUCUAUGAUGAAAGAAAUUAGUGCUAGGUUGGAGAAACUAGAGCCAAAGGCUCACCAUUCAGAUGGGCAUGGAAGUAAUUUCAUCCCUACAGAAGCAAAAUCUUUACAUGCUGGUCAUAAAAGGAGCAGUCCAAGGAAUAAGAGCAUAACAAGGGAAAGCUCACUCUUUGGAGGAGAGAGUGAUAUAACUGAAAAGCCAAUAGAUCCUAUCAAAUUUUAUACUGAGAAGGAAUUGGCAAGGGAAAUUGAGAAAAUUGCAUCUACACUUGUACCAGAGAAAGACUGGUCAAUCCGAAUAGCUGCCAUGCAAAGAAUUGAAGGCCUUGUUUUUGGAGGUGCCAUGGAUUAUCCAUCAUUCCCCAUGCUCUUAAGGCAACUUGUAACUCCUUUAAGCACUCAGCUAUCUGAUCGACGAUCGAGUAUAGUUAAACAGGCCUGCCAUGUGUUAAGCUUCUUGUCAAAGGAACUUUUAGGAGACUUCGAGGCUUGUGCUGAGAUGUUCAUUCCGGUGCUUUUUAAGCUUGUUGUUGUAACCAUUCUUGUGAUUGCGGAGUCAGCAGACAACUGCAUAAAGACGAUGUUGCGCAACUGUAAGGUUGCACGGGUCCUUCCGAAGCUUGCUGAUUGUGCCAAGAAUGACCGAAGUUCAGUUCUUCGUGUUAGGUGUUGUGAGUAUGCAAUUUUAGUACUAGAGUACUGGGCUGAUGCUUCAGAAAUACAACGAUCGGCUGAUCUAUAUGAAGACCUUAUAAAGUGCUGUGUAGCAGAUGCAAUGAGUGAGGUGCGCUUAACUGCUCGAACUUGCUAUCGGAUGUUCACAAAAACAUGGCCAGAGCGUUCUCGUCGUCUCUUUUUAUCAUUUGAUCCUGCCAUACAAAGGAUAAUAAAUGAAGAAGAGGGAGGGAUCCAGAAAAGAUAUGCUUCUCCUUCACUUCGUGAGAGAGGGGUGCAAUUAUUACAUGCUCCAUCUCAUACCUCUACUACAAACACUCCUGGAUAUGGAACCUCUGCUAUUGUUGCAGUGGACAAGAGUGCAAGUAUCACUUCAGGAAAAUCUCUUUCUUUGGGAAGCUUGCUCCCAUCACAAACAAAACCCUCCGGAAAGGUUUCUGAAAGAAGCGUUGAAAGUGUGCUCCAUUCAAGUAUACGAAAGGUUUCAGCCAUCGAGAGUCUAUUGAGAGGUGCAAGCAUAUCUGAGAAGCAAAAUUCCUCAAUUUCACACUCAAGCAGCUUGGAUCUAGGAGCUGACCCUCCAUCUGCUCGUGAUCCACCAUUUCCUGCUGCCAUUCCUGAUACAGAACAUCUUUCUUUACAGAAUUCAGUAUCACCUGAUGCAGCUACUGUUGACAUUGCAAAAAGUGGUGUAAGUAAUGGUGCUUCAAAUUUGACCAGCAUCGUCACUUCUCAGAGUCAAGCUUCAAGAGAUGCUGUGAAAUUAUCUUACAUUAACAAUCAAUUAUCUGGUUCUUUAUCAGCCUUAUCAUUGCCUUACACUUCGAAAAGAGUGUCCGGGAGGUUUCAAGAGGGAGAGGAAGAUAAGGCUGAUAUUAGAUCAACUAGGCAGCUUGCUAAUAUGCAGGUUGGGAAGCAACAUUUUGACACGCUAUACAAGGAUGCUGGAUAUAGAGAUUCACAGAAUAAUUAUGUUCCAAAUUUUCAGAGGCCGCUUCUAAGAAAGCUGGUAACUGGCAGGGUUACUGCAAGCAGUAGAAACAGUUUUGAUGAUAGUCAACUCACACUGAGUGAAAUGGCUUGUUAUUUGGAUGGUCCAGCCUCCCUUAAUGAUGCACUCAAUGAGGGUCUAAGUCCUAGUUCUGAUUGGAUUGCUAGGGUAUCUGCAUUUAAUUAUAUCCAAACUUUGCUGCAGCAAGGGCCAAAAGGCAUUCAAGAAGUUACACUAAGUUUUGAGAAGACCAUGAAGCUCUUUUCCCAGCAUUUGGAUGAUCCUCACCAUAAAGUUGCCCAAGCUGCUUUUUCAACUCUCACAGAGAUUAUUCCACCUUGCAGAAAGCCAUUUGAAAGUUAUCUGGAGAGGAUCAUACCACAUGUUUUUUCUCGGUUGAUUGACCCAAAGGAGCUAGUUAGGCAGUCAUCUUCCACAACCUUGGAAAUUGUUGGUAGAACCUAUGGUAUUGAAUCUUUGCUACCUGCCCUUCUCCGUUCACUGGAUGAACAAAGGUCUCCUAAGGCAAAAUUGGCUGUUAUUGAGUUUACCAAUAGCUCCUUCAGCAAGCAUCCAGUAUAUUCUGAAGGUUAUAGCAAUAAUGGUUUCCUCAAGCUAUGGCUUUCUAAGCUACAUCCUUUAGUUAACGAUAAAAAAAUCAAACUAAAAGAGGCUGCUAUUUCUGGAAUAAUAUCAGUUUACUCUCAUUAUGAUUCCACAUCAGUCUUGAAUUUUAUCCUCAGUUUGUCAGUUGAAGAACAGAAUUCAUUAAGACGGGCACUUAAGCAGUGUACCCCUCGUAUAGAGGUUGAUUUAGUGAACUUUCUGCAGAGUAGGAAAGAGCGCCAACGUUCAAAAUCCUUUUAUGAGCAGUCAGAUGUCGUUCUAACCUCUUCUGAGGAAGGGUAUGGUGGAACAUCAAAGAAAGGUCACUUUUUUGGAAGGUAUGCAGCAGGUUCUGGUGAUAAUGAAGGUCUGAGUAAGCUGAGUUCCAUGCAAGAAUCACUCAAAUCCGUUGGUCAGGUCACUUCUGGUGAAACUCAGCAGCAUUUGUUUCAUAAUACUGAACCUGUUUCUGAUUCUGACGGUCUUGGACACAAAAGCAAGGAUUUGAAGUACAACAAUGAUGUUGUCGUGAAAAGUACUAGAUCAAGGGCAAAGUGCCUGGAAAAUUCUGAUUCUGGCAUGGACCUAGAGAUUAGGGUAGCAAACCCACUUCUAGAUAUAACUAGAUUGAUGAGCUCUGAUGGGCGCAAGGCCGAUGGAUUGAACCUUGGUAAUGAAAGCACUUGUGAGAUGGAGGUCGCUAAUGAGAAUAUGGCUUCUCUAAAGAACAACUCCAAUCCAAAAAAUGGACCCAGCAUACCUCAACUUCUUCAUCAAAUUUGCAUUCGGAAUGAUGAAGACUCAAGUCUAAAUAAGCGUGAGGCUCUGCAUCAAUUGGUUGAAGCUUCUAAGGUCAAGGAGCACUCUAUCUGGGCCAAGUAUUUCAACCAAAUUCUAACUGUGGUGCUUGAGGUGUUAGAUGAUCCUGAUUCACCCGUUAGAGAACUUGCUCUUUCUUUAAUCAUGGAAAUGCUGAACCAUCAGAAAGAGGGAAUGGAAGAUACUAUUGAGAUUGUUGCUGAAAAAUUGCUUCAUGCAACCAGAGAUGUGGCGGCAGAGGCAUUGAACUAUUUCAGCUUUGGUUGCUAUAGUUGCUUUUGUAUUAUGCAUUUCUUGUUCCAUUCAUGCUUUUUUUCCCUGCAGGUUUCCAAUGUAGCACACCAAUGCUUGACAAUUGUGUUAGCUCAAUAUGAUCCAUUUAGAUGUCUUGAUGUUCUCAUGCCUUUGCUGGUCAGUGAUGAUGAAAAGAUCCUGGUUGUUUGCAUCAGUUGUUUAACGAAGCUUGUAAAUCGGCUUUCACAAGAGGAACUAAUGACCCAACUACGCUCAUUUCUGCCUGCACUUUUUGAAGCAUUUGGGAACCGAAGUCCAGAUGUUCGUAAGAUUGGCAGCAGGGCUGGCGGGAGCAGAAACUAUGCGGCUCUUGCUUUGAUGCUCAAGGGUCUCGAAGAGGUUGCAGAUGCGGCCAAGGUGACCAUGGGGCCUAAGACAUGCUCUUCAAGACAUAAUACAGGAGGAUAUCUGAUAGCUAGUUGUCGUAUUGAGAUAAAAAUAGUUGACAGGCAUACUCUAUUCAAACCUUAUUCUUUACUAAAAUGAGAAGUUAUUGUGUCAAUAGCUUGCUACUGACAUGUACUGCAAAUUUUCAUGAUGUAUAAGACAUGGCCUGAUUUGCGUUUGACUUAUCGGGAAUGUAGACCUCUGGGUUAUUAUUGAUUUCGAACCUUGAUUUGGUUCUGAUCAAAGACCAAUUCAGCUAAAAUCUUAGAUACCUAACCGAAAUAAGUUUAAACGAUCGGUAAAGUUUAUAACCUUUAGGCUUAAUUCACAACCUUUUAAAACCCUCUAGGAUGAAUACUAAUUCUAUCCCUUACUAAGUAUGGGGAUAUCUAUGUCACAAUAAGCCUAUCUGGCUAACUUGACAAUGGAGAAGAUGAAAAGAGAGGGAGAGAGACAAAGUUGUGCUCAACUUUUGCUGCAUGAAGGAGAGUGAAGCUGCCACCAAGGUGGUAGUCUAGUGGUACUGGGCAUAAUUUCUAUCCUUAUGGUCCCAAGUUCGAGUCGUUGCGGCGUUGAUUAAAAUGUGGCUUCAGCCAUUGCUUAGACAUGAGGCAAAAGUCGGGGUGCCCAACACCGAACAUUUUUUCUGGCGGGGCGGAGGCCCACUAGGAGCUGCUACACGUGGGUGGGCUUGUCCCUUCCUCCCUCCUUUUCUUUUGUCUAGCAAAAAAAAAAAAAGAAAAAAAGAGGAGAGUGAAGCUACAGGAGAGAUAAAAUGAUUACAUGAUUCCUUCUUUAGUUUAUUUAGUAUCUUUCAAUACAUCGUUAAUGGUCCAAGACAUUAUCGAUCUUGCACGCGUCCUUGUUGCACGUAAAUACCAAUUUGUUGGAACUAGGACAGAUUUGAAUAUAUAUGCAGAAUAUGCCUAAUUUCUAAAAUUGGAACUGGGCAUGUGUGACAGCGCAGGAUGAUUUGAUUUAGAUAAAUAACGUGGAUAUCUUUGCAAUAUUGCUUUUGAUAGUGAUGCAUAGGGUCACAAAUGCGCUCCCUCUUUUAUUGAAUAUUAUUUUUUGUGGCUCUCUUGCUAUAAAAUGUAUAAAUAUAUGUAUGUAUAUUUAUGUGUAUCAUAUAUUUAUGUAUAUAUAUGUAUGUGUAUUCAUGGAUAUAUGUAUAAAUAUGGAGAGAGAAGUAGAUGAUAAACUGGUCGAUUGGAUUUCAAGCUGGAUCUAAUCAAAUGAAAUUGGAAGACGGAGGGUUUGACACCGAUAAUUCGAGUUGUUGAAUGUGAUAUACUGUCUCAAAAUUGCUUAUAGAUCAAAAUCAUGUGAUUUGAAAAUCCUUAGUAUAUGUAUUAAGUGAUCAAGAAUGAGCAUCGGACACUGUUAUUUAAAUUGUUUGUUUUGAUCACUUGAUAUGUAGGUCACGCAUGUCGAAAUCAGAUGAUUUUUGGCCACACCCAAGUAACCAAAGAUUCUUGGAUUGUUAAUCCCAAAAAUGCUAGAUUUGGGUAAUUAGUGCAGGUUUCCACGAAAAUGCUCCAUCCCUCUCUAAGAAAAAAUAUUGUAUGAAUGGAUACAUGUCAAAUACUUGAUAUUACAGGCAUGAUAUUAGCAAGCACCGGCAGCCUUAACAGCUGUCGCCCAGUAUAUGUUUAUCGUAGUGUUGCUGGUUUCUAAACUAGCAUCAUUAGCAAUUGUGGAUUAACAUAGAAAACCUUGUUGACCAUCAAACCAUGUACAUAUCUUUAUUGAUGAACUAGAUUUAUAUGAUUGUGAAUUGGGAAAUGCAUAUAUAUACCAGAAACACAUCUGGCCAUGUACCUGCUAAGCUGCACAUAGGGCAUCGAUCUUCAGUAGAUGCUAUCUGCACAUACCCUGUAAAUGAUCUUAAUCAAUUUGAUCACUCUUUUUAGAAAAUGACGAGAGACAGAGAUCAGGUUUGAUGUUGUUUCUUGUUUUUUGAGAUUAUAUAACUAGUUACAUAAUCUCGAAAACAGUGCAUUUGUCGACGAUAACUGGCUGGACUGCAUGAUAACAGUUACUGUUUCAUAUUUUUUGUUUUAUUAGACAAGUUCGGUAAUUGAAUUAAGCACUUCAGACUAUAAUAAAGAGAAGCACUUCAGACCAUUUCAAGCUUGCUUUACUAGUUGCACCAUCUCUGCUGAGCCAAGUCAUGAGAUAGUUAGCCUGAUCAUCAUAUAUAUAUAUAUAUAUAUAUGUGGGUGCAUGAUUUUUCUUUAAUAUCUAAUAAGAGUCAAGCCAUAUAUCAUUUCUGGAUGUAUCAUAGAUCUUUUUCAAGGAUUGAGGUUCAAAUAAGUCAGAAUGCCUCGUCGGUUCUAUCAUGAUUUUGCCUACUUAUUUGAAUAUUGCUCGGCACUUUUUUUUUCACUUUUUUGUAAUCCAUGAGCAUGCACUCCUCAAAUUGCAGAUGCCCGUGCAUACAAUAGCUCCCAAGCUCGGAGUAGAGGGGGGCUGCAGGUG